AAAAAGAGGUUUUAACUCAGCACAUGACGAUUCACACAGAUGAAAAGCCUUUUAUGUGUGUGAUCUGUGAAAAGCGAUUUGCUUUCAGAUCUGCUUUCAACGUUCACAUGAGAACUCAUACGGGUGAAAAGCCAUUUUCAUGUGUUGCCUGUGGACAGUCUUUUAGUCAAAAACACGUCUUAACUAAUCACAUGACGGUUCACACAGGUGAAAAGCCUUUUUCAUGUGAGACCUGUGGAAAAUGUUUUGCUUUCAAAUCUGCUUUCAAUGUCCAUGUGAGAACUCACACCGGAGAAAAGCCUUUUUCAUGUGUCACCUGUGGGAAAAGUUUUGGUCGAAAACAAUAUUUAACUGAGCACAUGAUGAUUCACUCAGGGGAAAAGCCAUUUUCCUGUGUGAACUGUGGAAAGUGUUUUUCUCAAAGACGCCAUUUAACACUUCACAUGGCGAUUCACACAGGUGAAAAGCCUUUUUCAUGUGUGACUUGUGGAAAGUGUUUUGUUUUCAAAUCUGCUUUUGGUGCUCAUAUGAGAACUCACACAGAGGAAAAGCCUUUUUCAUGCAUCACCUGUGGGAAAUGUUUCAGUCAGAAACGGUAUUUAAAUGAGCACAUGAAGAUUCACUCAGGUGAAAAGCCUUUUUCAUGUGUCACAUGUGGAAAAAGUUUCAGUCAAAAACGUGUUUUACUUAAUCAUAUUGUAAUUCACACAAAUAAAGGCCUUUUUGGUGUCUGACUUGUGGAAAAGGUUUUAAUGAAAAAUGUCAUUUAACUGUUCACAUGAGAAAUCACUCGGGUAAUUAAUUUAGAGCACAAAAAAUCUAAUGGAAAUUGGCGCUUUCAUUUGUUUCACAUAUUAAUCAGUCUAACUACCUAUUUAAUAACAAGUAAAAUCCAUUGGUACUUUACAGUAAAUGCAAAAUUCACCACACUAAUUUUUGUGGAUUGAUUGUACAAAGUAUGUGAUGGGUAUUUUUCGACAACCUGUGUAAAAUGAACCACAGACAACUUGUGUGAGUUUUGACCAAGCUUUCGUGAAAGGAGAAGAUGCAGCGGGCCGCUCCAGCGAGCUGCCCACCGCAUGUUCUGUUAACUUCCAAUUUGAGCCCGUCUUUUAUUAUCAUGCCUGCACACAGGCAGUUUCUAAGGUAGGGAGUAUUCUGGUUGAUAAGAAGGCACCUGUGGAAACAUAAUUUAAGAUCUGGGAAAUACACAAUUAACUGUUUCACAUGAAGACGAAAAGGCAGAUGGGGCCUCCAGGUCAGCUUAUACACACAAAAGGAAGUUAGAACACUUUAAAUAAGAACCACAAUAAUCUAUAACAAUAUAAUGUUGGGUUAAUGAUCUAAAGUAAUAAAUGUUUAAUGUUAUAAAUGAAAUGUAAGAAUGAUAACAAAAAAUUCUAACAGUAUGUGUGAUUGUCUUCAAUAAUUUGAUGUUUCUCUCAACUUAGUUGUAACAAUAUUUUGGUCUUUCCUGCUGAGCGGUCUUUUGUGAAAGAUUCUUUUUUAUAUUGAAAUGGCUUAUGUGUAUUUAGAUAGAUCUAAAAGUUAUACUAAUGUCUUUGAAGCUAAUUAAAUGUAAUGUUUCAUUUGGGAAUAAAAGUUUAGAGUUUUUCUUUA